UUUAAGGUUAUGCGGACUAGAGAAGUUUAAAGUAUUUCUUGUAUAAAUAAUUAAAUUAAAAAUGAAGACCGUUUUAAUGGUUGCUGAAAAGCCUUCGUUAGCUGCGUCUUUAGCGAAUAUUUUAAGUAAUGGAAAAAAUUCAAGCAGAAAAGGUUUUAACGGGGCUUGCUCAAUACAUGAGUGGAAUAGUACUUUUAAAGGUACCCCAGCACGUUUUAAAAUGACCAGUGUUUGUGGACAUGUUAUGGGAGUUGAUUUUAUAAGUAAAUACAAUAACUGGGAUAAAGUUGAUCCCAUUGAGCUUUUCUCAUGUCCCAUUGAAAAGAAGGAAGCAAUGCCUAAAUUAAAAAUGCCUCAGUUUUUAGCCCAAGAAGCUAAAGGUUGUGACACUCUUGUGUUGUGGCUAGAUUGUGAUAAAGAAGGAGAAAAUAUUUGUUUUGAAGUAAUGCAGGCCGUUUCUGGAUCAUUUAAUGGAAAUGUGUAUAGCAAUGCAGUCACAUAUAGGGCCCAUUUCUCUGCAAUUACUGAAAAGGAUAUUAAAGCAGCAUUUGAAAAUUUAGGUUUUCCAAAUGAGAAUGAAGCCAAAAGUGUUGAUGCUCGCCAGGAGCUAGAUUUAAGAAUUGGAUGUGCUUUUACAAGGUUUCAAACAAAAUAUUUUCAGGGAAGAUAUGGAGAUUUAGAUUCUACAUUAAUAUCUUAUGGGCCUUGUCAAACUCCAACUUUAGGUUUUUGUGUUCAAAGGCAUGAUGAAAUUCAAACAUUUAAACCUGAAAUUUAUUGGGUUCUCCAAGUGUCAAUCAAAACUAAAGAUGGAGAAGAAAUUGUUUUAGAUUGGCAGAGAGUAAGAUGCUUUGAUAAAGAAAUUGCUGGCAUUUUUUUGCAACUUGUUAAGGACCAGAAGCAUGCUAGAGUCGUUAGUGUAACAUCAAAGAAAUUGAUAAAGCCAAGGCCCUUAGCGUUGAAUACUGUUGAAUUAAUGCGAGUGGCUAGUUCUGGAUUGGGUGUGGGUCCACAACAAGCAAUGUUCAUCGCCGAAAAACUUUACACUCAGGGUUAUAUUAGUUACCCCAGGACUGAAACCACCAGUUAUCCUGAAAAUUUUGACCUUCGGGCUGUUUUAAUUCAGCAGAAAAAUAGCAACGAUUGGGGAGAUGAAGUUAAGAAAAUCUUGGCUGAAGGAAUCAAUCCUCCCAGAAAGGGUCAUGACGCGGGCGAUCACCCUCCAAUAACCCCAAUGAAAGCAGCUUCAAAAAACGAAUUAGACGGUGAUUCCUGGCGUUUAUACGACUACAUAACACGACACUUUAUUGGCACUGUAGCUCGGGAUUGCACUUACAUGAGUAAAACGGCCGUUUUCGACAUAAAUGCGGAAACAUUUACAGCAAAUGGAAAAACUUUAAUCGACCCAGGAUACACCACGAUUAUGCCUUGGCAAGCUUUAGGCAAAAACGAAAUAUUGCCAGAAUUUUCUGAGAAUGAACUUGUUCCUUUAACUGACGCGAGAUUAGUCGAACGCCAAACCUCACCUCCAGACUACCUCACUGAAGCAGAGGUAAUUACGCUAAUGGAAAAACACGCCAUUGGUACAGAUGCUUCGAUACCAGUUCAUAUCAAUAAUAUAUGCCAAAGAAAUUACGUUACAGUGGCUUCCGGACGAAGAUUAGUACCUACUACUCUAGGAAUAGUAUUGGUUCACGGUUAUCAAAAAAUCGAUAAAGAGCUUGUUCUACCUACAAUGCGUUCAGCUGUCGAGAAACAACUCAAUUUGAUCGCACAUGGAAAAGCCAAUUUCAAUGCAGUAUUAAAGCAUGCUCUCGAAAUAUUCAGAUUAAAGUUUCAAUAUUUUGUAAGGAAUAUUGAUGCAAUGGAUCAAUUAUUUGAAGUUUCGUUUUCGCCACUCAGUGCUUCCGGAAAAGCCCAUUCAAGAUGCGGAAAAUGCAGAAGAUACCUUAAAUUUAUUCAAGCAAAACCUCAACGAUUGCACUGUCCACAUUGCGAUGAAACGUACAAUUUGCCACAAAACGGUAACAUUAAACUUUAUAAAGAACUCAGGUGUCCUCUUGACGACUUCGAACUUCUUGUCUAUUCAACUGGUACUAAGGGGAAAAGUUAUAUUUUCUGUCCUUACUGCUUCAAUAAUCCCCCAUUCAGGGAAAUGAGAAAAGGAAUGGGUUGCAAUUCGUGUAUUCAUCCAACAUGUCAAUACAGUCUGAAUACUAAUGGGUUAUCAGGAUGUGUUGAGUGUGAAUAUGGAGUUCUCGUAUUAGACCAAUCAGCUGCGCCAAAAUGGAAAUUGGGCUGUAACAGGUGUGACGUAAUUAUCAACUGCUUUGAGGAUGCCAAUAAGGUGUCAGUUCUGGAAGAAGUUUGCGAUUGCGGCGCUCAAUUGGUCAAUGUUGAAUAUAAAGAAGAUAAAUCUAAACUUCCUAAUGGAGAUACGGAGAAAAAUGGUUGUGUAUUCUGCUCUCCAGAUUUCGCAAAUCUCGUUGAAAAGCAUAAGGCGGUAGCAAGUAAACCCAGACCCAGUUACAGUAGAGGAAGUAACAGAGGCAGGGGUGGAGGUUCCAGAAGAAAGCCUAAACCACCAAAAGAUAAAAUGGCCCAACUGGCUGCGUAUUUCGUUUAAAAUACAUU